UAAAUCUGUCGGGUGCAGAUUUUGGAAACUCAGAUCUGACAGGUGCACAUUUUUCAAACAGUGAUUUGUCAGGAGCUAAAAUAACGGAGGAUCAAUUAAACCAGGCAUCUUUUGAAAAUGUAAUUAUGCCAAACGGAAAGAAGAGUGAAAUUAUAUCCUCAACGACAACAAAAAAACCUGUAACACAAAUAACAACAAUAAUAAAAACAAAAAUGUCGACAACAACGUCACCAUCACCAUCAUCACCAUCAUCAUUAUCAACAUCAUCAACAACAACAACAACAUUAUCACCAUCAACAAGAUCAUUAUUAACCACCAUCAUCACCUGUGAAACAAUAACGUAUUCUCAGUAUUUUACAAAUGAUACAGCUUCAUCAACUCAAUGCUCAGUAUGGUCAGCAUUUUUAGCUAAUUUGACUUGUUCAAACUACUCUAGCAUGCGCAUAAACAGCACAUCUGAUCCAGUUGGUAUAACUGUAAUCGAUCCGAUUGUAGCUAAUCCUAUUAGGUCAGCUUUACGUACUAAUGGUACAUAUACGGGUGCUUCAAAUGGCUAUACAUGGACAGUUAAUAGGUGUAGCGGUGUUCAGGAACUCAGGACAUCAGGAAGUGCAUGUUCAUGUAAUAACACUUACGGUAUAAGACCAUGUAAUAAUAAAGCUAAUUUGAGUAAUCUGGAUGGUCUAAGUGGUCUGGGUGGCCUGGGUCGUGCGGGUGCUGUGUCUGGUAUAGGUUUGCUCCCUGGUAUAGGUGGUCUGCCUGGUAUAGGUGCUCGGCCUGAGAUAGGUGGUCUUAAAAAUGCAACGUGCGGUGCAUCUUCACAGACGAUGUCACUUACAUUUCAAUGA